CCCGCUGGUGAUUUUUGAAGAGAAGUUGGUUCUGACUAAUUUUGACGUCUUGAUUCCAUUUUUUAGGCAAGUUUCCUCAAAAAUUGGAUUGUUUGGUAUUGGUUGAUUGCUGCUUGAGUGGAACUAUGGCUACCUUGAAGUUUGAAGUUCCGUUAUUUGAUGGAAGAACGGACUUCAUGUUGUGGCAAUGCACUAUUCAAGACUAUUUGGUCCAGCAAGAUCUUGAAUUAGCAUUGCAAGAUGAGAAGCCAAGUGAUAUGAAAGAAUCAGAGUGGAGUACAAUCAAAAAGAAGGCUGUCAGCACAAUUCAGUUAGCACUGUCCCCACAGAUUAAAGUGACUGUGCUGAAAGAGACAUCACCAAAGAAGCUGUGGGAAACGUUGGAGAGCAAGUUUGCGUCGAAGACACUUACUAAUCGGUUGAUGAUGAGGAUGGACUUGUACUCACUGAAGAUGGAAGAGGGAGGUAGCGUAAUUGAUCACAUCAAAAAGUUUAAUGAGCUAGUAUCAAGGCUGUUAAAUGCAGGGGAGACUAUCAAGGAUGAAGAGCAAGGGCUGCUUCUACUGGCUUCACUACCAAAAUUCUUUAAGCCGUUUGUGCAGUCAAUGAUAGCAGGAAGGACUACACUGCGACUAGAUGAGGUGACGACUGCCUUAAAGGAGAGUCAAAGGAUGUUGGGAGGUGAAGAGUCUUCCGGGGACAGUCAUUUACUAGCUGCUCUGAGUGUUGAGAAAGGAAGUAAGAAGAAGAGUGACCAACUUGGGAGAAGAUCUCAGCUGAGAGACAUGAGCACUGUUAGGUGCUAUUACUGUGAAAAGUUGGGUCACACAAAGAACGGUUGUCCAGAACUCAAGGAGGAUUUGCAGAUCCUAAAGGAGAAGAAGGGCAAAUCAAAGGAAGCUUCUUCCGCGAAUGUGAUCACUUAUGAAGAUGAUCUCUUCUGAAGAUAAGAGAACCUUUUCUUCUUCUGUGUUCUUCCUUCAAGACACAAGUCCAAGAUUUAUUCCAAAAUAAACAUUCAACAAACACAAGAUCCCAAAUAUCAAGUCACACCAGUUUAAAAAAUCCUCAAAGAGAAAAUCCAGACCCAAAAUUCAUACAUGGUAGAGAAAAGCUCUCAAAUCUAUUUCAGAUCCGAAGAAGCAAGGCACACUCCUUCCGAUAUGACGAAGAUGGUGCCAUUUUUUCCCAGAUUCGGUGAAGAUAUUAGAAUAGUGCUGCUCCAAAGCUCCCCUGGCAUCACAGCCCCCGGCAUUCUCUCGCCGUCACAACCCGCAUCCCCGGCAUUCUCUCGCCGUCAACAUCCCACCUCAGAUCUGGACAAAAUUGAAAAAAAAAAUUCGAUGCAAAUCUAGAUCCGGCGAAGACGCAACCCACAGCUGGAAUUUUUCGCUGCAAAUCUGGAAUUUCGGUGCAAAUCUGGAAGAAAAAAAAUCGCUGCAAAUCU